UGGCAGGUGAUAGUGUCAUGUACCGUUUUUAGCACAAAAUGUCUUCUUUUGUGUUAAAACAACACGAUCAAACAAAGGUUGAUAAACAUUAACUACCAACAGAAGCAUGAUUAUGAAAACGAUGGGUAACGAAAUGCCUAUGGGAACGAAUAUCGAUAUAAUUUGUUUUAUGGCUUUUGAAACCCGAGAGAACAGCUGAUUUCUUUAAAAAGAGGCUAGCGAUGGAGUGUGGGGAUCAGGUGGACAGUCUGGAGGGAUGGAUGGUGGUCAAGGAGGGACCAUUUGCUGACCAGAUGAAUCCGCCAAAGUUCAAUUUCUUGGUCUGCUGGAAUGAUGAGAAGAAGAGGGUGGUCAUUACUAGCCGCCUUCACAGCCGUGUCGUCAGUGACAAAGAUAACCUCGGAACAAGGACUGGCAUUUUCUCCUUCCAUGAAUUAGAAGCCAUUCACCAAUUACUCUGCCAUGUUCAUCCUGCCCUGGGCCCCCACUUACCUCCCCUUCCAGAGGAGCCUAGGUCCCUAUGGACAUAUUUUGGUUAUGAAGAGUGCAAUAUAGAUUACUCAAAAGUGUGUUCACAGAUAGAAGAGUACUUGUGUUAUGCUUUGGAAAUCUGCAAAGAAAAACUUUUGAUGUCAACUCUGUUUGAGUAUGAGGAGCACACAGCUGAGGAAUAUUUCGAAAACAUCAGUGAACUUCGUCGCCAAGGAUACGAGGAUGAAAUCCACAAAGCGGAAGAUGAAUUAAAGAAUGUGAUAUUUUUACGUAGCAAUGCAAGUCAUAUGACUGAUAUGAAGGAUGUGUAUAAAUCUGAAGACAAUGCGGUCUUUAAGCUGAACAUUGCUCUGGCCUCCCUCUACAAUUACCUCCUACAGCCAUUCCUGGACGUUAGAGAACUGGCGUACAGCCGUGUCACGGAGGCCAAGGAGCAGCUGGAGAACCCCGAUGUCGGGGCUCGCGUAAAGCGAGAAUACGGGGCCAUGUUUACAGAGUGGCAAACACACUACGAGGAAGCUCUAGACAACAUUCAGAAGUACUACAUUGAAUAUUACACAAGAACUUCCAGAAUUUAUGAAGAUAUGUUAAAAAGAAUGAAAGAAGAUCAAACUAAAUUUGGGAAAACUGCAUUUGAAUUGAUUGGUGCUGAAAGAUUUUUUAGAAUAAAAGAAGACCUUUGUUUAGAGUGUCUUCAGUUAUUAAACAAUGAGAAAAAGUUAUUUGUACAAGAACGGGAUAAAGUAAAGGAGGAGAUAGCCAGUGUAGAGGACAAACUAGGGGCCAUCCAGGAGCUGGGGAGGUUGGAGGGGGUGGUGUUUGAUUGGCAAAUCCGGGUACAGCAGCAACAAAUGGCCAUCCUGGACGAGGAAGAAAAACUGGUUAGAACCCAGAUGGAGGCCAUUACUAAUCAGAUAAAAGCUAAAGAAGACAUCCCUGUGUUUUAUGAUGCUGUUGAGGAUAUGGACGACCUUAGUUCAGAUGAGGAGUCCCUGCUCAAGUCCCCAGCAGACCCUCGUAUCCUGGCGCUGCGUAGUAAACUCACCUCCAUCACGCGGAGGAGAGCCAAGAUACGCAAUGUUAAGGCCUCAUUGGAAAGGAAAUUCAAAUCUAAAAUUCAGAAGAAGAAGGAAGAAGAGAUACAGUUCAAACAACAUCAUGCGAUUCAGAUGAAAAGGGAUUUCAAAAAAGAGGAGGAAGAGAAGAAGAGUGGUUUUAUAAAUGAUCAACGAUCCAAGGCCAUUAAUCGCAUUAAGGACUUUAAAAUAAAAUAUCCAACACCAGAGACAAUAAAACCUCCUCGCUAUCAACCACCUAGUCAGAAAAAGGCCGCUCUGGAAGACUCUCCCCAGUCCAUGCCUGUCUGUGAUAAAACAUAUGUGAAAAAGCCAAGCAAACCUCUUACAAACUCUGAGAAAACUAUCAGAAUAACAAACACACCAAAAAAGUCACCCUCUAAGUCAAGUAAGAGCACUGGAAAAUCUAAGCCUACACCCAGACCUAGAAAAUCCCAGGAUGCUGUGGAUUCAAUGCCAGUUACUAUUUACGCUUCAGACGGAGGGGAACAGAGACAAAACUCCUCCCCUCCCACCCCUCCAGCACCUGUAGAUCCACCCUCGGUUUGUGUUCCCCCACCCCCGCCCCCACCCCCUCUAGUACCACCACCUCCCCCUCCCCCACCCCCACCACCGCCACCUCCAGCUAUCGGUCCUCCAGCUAAACUGGUGAUUGUAAAGAAGGAAAAGGAGGAGGAGAAACCUAAAGAAAAGGGGGCAGGUCCACCUGAUCUGGGAUCCAUUUUGGCAGGAAAAGGCAAACUGAAGCCUGUGAGUGAGAGUCACCAGAAACAAAAACCAAUACCAGUGAAUCCUAUGGACAAUAUCCUGAGUAUGAUUAAACAGGGAGUAAAACUGAGACCCACGGAAAACAAAGAAGAGAAGAAAUCAGCAAGUGACACAGAUAUAUUUGACACUCCAAGUGAUAGUCAUAUGAGAUUGUUACAGGAGAGUUUAAGUAGAAUCAGUAAGUUCACUCGAGAAAGCUCCCCUGAGUCAGAGGAAGAUAGCGAAGAAGAGGACUUGUUUGCGUAACUCAAUGCUUUCAUUGCCAUUGUUUUGCUUUUAUCAUAGACUUAUUUUACCUGUGUUAUUUUCCUUCUACAAACUAUAUUUAUUUAUUCAUAUCACUUAUUUAGCUCAAGUUAGCCGGAUGCUUGAUUGGCAUAUGUAGUUGUCUGCCAAUCAAAUAAAUUUAAAUCAAAAAAUCCUUCCACAGAGCAUUCUUUGAUGAAGCAUAACAGACUCUAGUGUUCUUUAUCAAUAGAUUUUUAAAUAUUUUCUUCUAGAACCACAUGGUCAAGUUUGAAAUUUAUUCAAGAUUCACUCAUUGUAAAGCCAGUUGAGAGUCCAACAUUUAUGUGAUUCUAUCAUUCAGCUCACACUGUGAGUUAAGGCAAGGUAUAGGCAUUUCUGUACAAAUAAAUUAAUAAAAUUUGCCAAUUAAAUCUCAAGAGUUUGUCUUCGGUACAAAGAAAGUUUUAACUCGCUUUUUUAAGUCACAUUUAGUGGUGUUAUUAUGAGGUCAUAUUUUGAUGUCACUGAUGAUUUAACAUUAAGUAAAGAUUUUAUGGCAGAAGUUAAAUUACUUUCGGAUCCACCCCGUUUUAAAUAUUACAGCGAAAAUUACAAAGAUUGUUGAGAUUGCUCCACAAAUGUUGUGAUUUUAAAGUUGAAUUUUGAUUGAUAAUAAAAUUGAUCAAACGAAAUAAUAUGCCAGAUCUGUAAUUUCAUAUUAGAAGGAGAGUUUCAACUUUUUCUGUAUAAUAGGCAUCACUCAGAUGUUUAAACUUUCUUUUUUAGAUAUUCUCUGAGGUGUUUGAGAGUCUGUAAUGUUGACAUAAAAAAACAGACAUAAAUGUUUUACUUUAAAGAAUUCUUGUAAUAAAAUGUGUGUUCUGCCAUUUUAAAUGAUUUUUGUUAAGUAUGUGUAAAGUUACACAGUGAUUCAUGUAUAUUUGAUUACCAUGAUUGUGCAUUAAUACAUGUAUUUAUUUAUUUGUCUUGUAAUUAUAUUAUUAUCAUUUAUUUCUGCCAUGUUUCAAAAUUUUAAUUGGCAUCAAUGUGCCAGUUAAUGCAUAUGUUUUGUCUUUACUAAAGUAAGUAAAGUAUUUAUUUCCAAUUUUGGACCCAGAAAGCAUACAAAUUUAAGCAUUAAGUUACCAAAGUGAACAAACAAAUGGUUGUGUUUUGAAUCGUACAUCACAAGUGAUUAUGUAAGAAUAUAUAUGCACAUACAAUACAGAGGUCUAUAACAAAUCAAGUGAUCAGGAUGUCUGUCCAUCUGUCUAGCUGUACAUCCAUCUGUCCUUCCAUCUGUCUGUCUGUUGAGCAUUGGGGUACCCAUCUUAUCUGCAACUCCUCUUUUACCACUGAAUGAAAUUUAAUGAGACUUUAACAUAAUGUUUGUAACAUUAAGUGUCUAUCAUCUUUGCAGUCUAUUAAGUUUUGAUUGAUAUAACAAAGUGUAAACUAACUAACCUUGAACUUGAUAACCUUGACCUCAUUUUCUAAAUGAACUUGCCCUAUAUUUUCUUGAAUAAUUGAAGAAUGGAUUUAGAUCUAUAUGCUGAUGAAUGUUUUUUGACAUUUUAUACCAACUGAAAGAAGAAGUUCUUAAAUUAGAGUGCAUUGUACUUGUAUAAAUAAAUGUUCUUAAAAAUUACAACUGCACUAUUUACAGGUAUGUUAUAAAUUAACUUAAAUUGAAAGAAUGUCUUGUACAAAAAGAAAUAUUCUUCAAUCAUUUUAAAGCUUUUAAUUUAUUCCCUUUGUUGUUUAAUGUGUACUGAUUUUAUGGCUUAUUUAUCCUAUUUUUCUCAAUGUUGAAUAUUUUGUUUUUUUAUAAUAUAUACAUGAUUGUUUGAUUAUUAACUUUUCAUUCUUUCAUAAUUACUGUAAAAUCACUUAUUUUCUUGGGGUCAAGUUUUAGAGGUUUGAGGAGGAAAUAAUGGUUUUUGGGGGUGUAAUGCAUUAUGCAAUUUUACAUUUCAUGGUGGUACAAUAAAAUACAUUUGAGGAUCUCCAUACCUCAAAAACAACAAAAAUUAAACCCCCACAAAAAUUAGUGAUUUUACGCUGGUAUGCAUUGAAAUGAAAACAUUUUAAGAACCUUGAACAGAAAAUAAAGCAUUAAAUUUU